AUGUCAAAGAAAAUUCUUUCAGUUUUAUUUAAAGGUGGUGAAUAUAACACACCAAAAUUAUUAGGAUCAGCAGAAAAUGCCCUUGGUCUCAAGAAAUUCUUUGAAGAAAAUGGUCGUUCAUUAGUUUCAACAAGUGAUAAAGGUUCCACCAUAGAUGAACAUAUUAAAGAUGCAGAAAUUGUUAUUUCAACACCUUUUAAUCCAGUUUAUAUUGAUCAAAAAAGAAUUGAAUCUGCUAAGAAUUUAAAAUUAUUAGUUACUGCAGGUGUUGGUUCUGAUCAUAUUGAUUUAGAUUAUAUUCAAAAAUCUGGUAGAAAAAUUAGUGUUUUGGAAGUUACAGGUUCAAAUACAACAUCAGUUGCAGAACACGCGGUAUUAACAAUCUUAUCAUUGAUUAAAAAUUUUAUCCCGGCUCAUGAAUCAAUUAAAGGUGAUAAUUGGGAUAUUGCAAGAAUUUCAAGAGAUGCUUAUGAUUUAGAAGGUAAAACUAUAGCAACAAUUGGUGCAGGUAGAAUUGGUUAUAAAAUCUUGGAAAGAUUAGUUCCAUUUAAACCAAAAGAAUUAUUAUAUUAUGAUUAUCAACCAUUAAGUGAAGAAUUAAGAUCAAAAGUUAAUGCAACAAGAAUUGAUUCAAUUGAAGAAUUAGUCUCCAAAGCUGAUAUUGUUACUGUUAAUGCUCCAUUACAUAGUGGUACAAAAGGAUUAAUUAACAAGGAAUUAUUAUCAAAAUUUAAAGAUGGUGCUUAUUUAGUUAAUACUGCAAGAGGUGCAAUUGCAGUUCCAGAAGAUGUUGCAGCUGCUUUGAAAAGUGGGAAAUUAAGUGGAUAUGGUGGUGAUGUUUGGUAUCCACAACCACCACCAGCAAAUCAUCCAUGGAGAACAAUGAGUAAUGUUUAUGGUGAUGGUAAUGCAAUGACACCACAUAUUUCAGGAUCUAAUUUAGAUGCACAAGCUCGUUAUUCAUUAGGUGUUAAGAAUAUUUUAACUAGUUAUUUCACUGGGAAAUUAGACUAUAGACCUCAAGAUAUUAUUUUAUUAGAUGGUCAAUAUGUUACUAAAGCUUAUGGUGCUGAUAAAGUUAAAAAGUAG